AUUAUCUACAUAGAACAUCCAUCCAGAGAUCCACGGAUACAGAGAUAACCAUCAUCAUGCGAUGGUUCUCCGCCCAUUCCAAUCCGCCCGAUGGGAUGCAAGAUGGCCACGACAAAUGGAAUCGGCCAGACCCUCUCUGCAGGCGGCCUUGACCCAAAAAGGGCCCGAAUCAAUGGUGCCAGAAAACCGGUUAGUACUUCCCCUACUUCUCUGGGCUUAGUCCUUCCGUCGUAUUGUUCUUCCAGCCCACCGUUUACUGUGCAGUUCUCACGGUUCUGUAUGGUGUACUUUGUAUUUAUACCUACAAUGUCGCGAUCAGACUAUUCAGUACCAGUACUUCGGUUAGUGGUAGUCCGUAUAGAUAGGCAUGUGGAGCGCCUCCCGUCUGGACGAUCGGCCACCCCGACCCAGCAGGGAAUGCUGUCCGCUGUUUCCCUGUUUGGUGGAGUUCAGAAUAAGCUUAGCCCUCUGCGCCGGGGAGGGAUCAGAGGGUCUCCAGAUCGACGCUGGAUGGGGAUGGUCGGGAGAAUUCUUUGCGACCGAAACUAACACGGAUCGAACUGCGUCCACCCAGGGUUAAGCCGUCCAGGGGAGCCGAGCCAGACGAGCCAGCGAGGGUGGACAAAGUGGACAAGAUGGACAAGAUGGACCAAAUCACGAACAGACCACCAGAAGGAACAAAUCAGAAGAAGCAACGGCCGAGACCAGAAAAGGGGCAGGCAAGCGAUCGU